AUGUUUACUUAUCUUAAUUUCUUAGAGAAACAUUUAAAAAGAUGUCCACUGCUUGUUUGUACAAAGCUAUGGGAAUGUCCACAUUGUAGUCGAAAGUACAGUAGCGAGGACUACCUAAAUGUUCAUAUAAAAAAUGAAUGCAGAAAAAAUCCACUGUUACAAGACAAAUUGUCGUGUAAGGAAACGAAUUAUUCUUCAGUUGGCAAUGAUAAACGUCGAAGCAAUAGUGGGAACUGUGUUUUGAAAUUAUCGCAGACAGUUGAAGAAAAUUAUGCUGGAGAGAAACAUGGCGGAUUGAGACGUUAUCAAUGUGAACAUUGUGGUAAAACAUUUACAAGGCUCUCUCACUUGAAUCAACACGUUAGAAUUCAUACUGGAGAAAAACCUUAUCAAUGUGAACAUUGUGGUAAAACAUUUACACAGCUUGGUGACAUGAAUAGACACGUUAGAAUUCAUACUGGAGAAAAACCUUAUCAAUGUGAAAAUUGUGGUAAAACAUUUACAGUGCUUGGUUCCUUGAAUCAACACGUUAGAAUUCAUACUGGAGAAAAACCUUAUAAAUGUGAACAUUGUGGUAAAACAUUUACAGUGCUUGGUUCCUUGAAUCAACACGUUAGAAUUCAUACUGGAGAAAAACCUUAUCAAUGUAAACAUUGUGGUAAAACAUUUACAGUGCUUGGUUCCUUGAAUCAACACGUUAGAAUUCAUACUGGAGAAAAACCUUAUCAAUGUGAAAAUUGUGGUAAAACAUUUACACAUCUUCAUCACUUGACUCAACACGUUAGAAUUCAUACUGGAGAAAACCUUAUCAAUGUGAACAUUGUGGUAAAACAUUCACACAUCUUAAUAGCUUGA